AUGAAAAUGAAGGAGAAGAGUGAGAGUGGCGGUGGGUAUGUGAGAGCAGAUCAGAUAGAUCUGAAGAGUUUGGACGAGCAGCUCCAGAGGCACCUGAACAGAACAUGGACUAUGGAGAAGAACAAGAGGAGAGAGGAAGAGGAAGAGGAAGAGGAAGAAGCAGCAUCAAGGCAGACCACUGCCACAAGGCAAGACUGGGAGAUUGAUCCCUCCAAACUCAUCGUCAAGGGUGCCAUAGCUCGAGGCACUUUUGGUACUGUUCACCGUGGCAUUUAUGAUGGCCAAGACGUUGCUGUUAAACUUCUAGAUUGGGGAGAAGAGGGACAUAGAUCAGACGCUGAAAUAGCUUCUCUAAGAGCAGCUUUUACUCAAGAAGUUGCUGUCUGGCAUAAGCUUGACCACCCUAAUGUGACCAAGUUUAUAGGGGCUACAAUGGGAACAUCAGAGCUACACAUACAAACAGAUAAUGGCCAAGUUGGCAUGCCAAGUAACGUUUGUUGUGUUGUUGUCGAAUAUUGUCCUGGUGGCGCACUGAAAUCUUACCUCAUAAAGAACCGCAGAAGGAAGCUUGCAUUCAAACUAGUUGUCCAACUGGCACUAGAUCUUGCACGAGGUUUGUGCUAUCUUCAUUCGAAGAAGAUUGUUCACAGAGAUGUUAAAACAGAAAACAUGCUUCUAGACAAGACACGAACAGUAAAGAUAGCGGACUUUGGGGUUGCUCGUGUUGAGGCUUCAAAUCCUAAUGACAUGACUGGCGAGACUGGAACCCUUGGUUACAUGGCUCCAGAGGUUCUCAAUGGCAAUCCAUAUAACAGGAAAUGUGACGUGUACAGUUUUGGUAUCUGCUUGUGGGAAAUAUACUGCUGUGACAUGCCGUAUCCUGAUCUUAGCUUCUCGGAAGUGACAUCAGCCGUUGUCCGCCAGAAUCUGAGGCCUGAGAUGCCUCGUUGUUGCCCAAGCUCUCUUGCAAAUGUAAUGAAGCGAUGUUGGGAUGCAAACCCUGACAAGCGGCCGGAGAUGGAUGAGGUGGUGGCCAUGUUGGAGGCUAUUGACACAUCUAAAGGUGGAGGUAUGAUCCCUGGGGAUCAGCCUCAGGGCUGUUUCUGUUUCCGCAGGUUCAAAAUUAAGAAGAGUCAAAGUGAAUACAAAACCGUGGAGGCUGUUGUCUAA